GCCUUCCGGCCUUCGUGCCUUCGCGCACGCGCCGUGGCGUCAACUCAGCCCCCCGGGAGGUGCCGGGCCCCUCGCAAGGCGGGGCCGCAGGGCGGUGCGCUUGGUAGUGACGUCAUUGCGUGCGCCGCAUUCUGUUGCCGGGCAGCGAUGGCGACAACCCCGGAGUCCUCCGUGGAGGACCCUCUGCAGAACUUUGUGCGAAUUUUGGAGAAGCGAGAUGGCACAGUAUUACGACUGCAACAGUAUGGCUCCGGAGGCGUAGGUUGUGUUGUUUGGGACGCUGCUAUUGUACUUUCUAAAUACCUGGAAACGGCCGGGUUUUCCGGCGAUGGGACCCACGUUCUGUGCCGGCGGUCGGUGCUGGAGCUGGGCUCCGGUACCGGGGCAGUGGGACUCAUGGCUGCUACCCUCGGGGCAGAUGUUGUAGUCACCGAUCUUGAGGAAUUACAAGACUUGCUGAAGAUGAAUAUUAAUAUGAACAAGCAUCUUGUCACUGGUUCUGUUCAAGCCAAGGUACUGAAAUGGGGGGAAGAAAUAGAGGACUUUACUUCUCCGCCAGACUACAUACUGAUGGCUGACUGCAUAUACUAUGAAGAGUCUUUGGAGCCAUUAUUGAAAACCCUAAAAGAUCUUAGUGGAUUUGAGACUUGUAUUAUAUGUUGUUAUGAACAACGAACAAUGGGAAAAAAUCCAGAAAUUGAGAAAAAAUAUUUUGAGCUCCUUCAAUUAGACUUUGACUUUGAAAAAAUUCCUUUGGAAAAGCAUGAUGAAGAAUAUCGAAGUGAAGAUAUUCAUAUUCUAUACAUCAAAAAGAAAAAAUCGAAAUUUCCAUCAUGAAAUCUUUAGUCAUCUUACCCAAGCCUCUAACAGUGUGGGUAAGCCAAAGAUGUAAAUGGAGCAUGUGAAUACAGCAUGGGAAGAUUGUGUUCACAAAUUUUCCAGCAUGUCCUUAGAGAUCCGAUAUACAAAUGGCAACUACCACGGGCCGGCCACCUGCAACUUGAAAAAUGAUUGACUACCUGCCUGCCUUCUAAUGGGCCUGAAAUCCAAUUUAGUUUAUUUUAAGUCCGGAUCAAGUUCUGCUUAAAAGAAACACGUGUAUCAGUCACUUCUCCAAUAAAAACAGGUAUUCACUAUAAA